GGAAGAGGCGGGUCUAUCCCAAGUGGCAUCUCCGCCCCCUUCCACCGUUGUUCAGUCAACAUGGCAGCGGGACCAAUUUCCGAAAGAAAUCAAGAUGCCACAGUGUACGUGGGCGGCUUGGACGAGAAAGUGUCCGAGCCGUUGCUAUGGGAGCUUUUCCUGCAGGCCGGUCCCGUCGUCAACACGCACAUGCCCAAGGACAGGGUGACGGGCCAACACCAGGGCUACGGCUUCGUGGAGUUCCUGAGCGAAGAGGACGCCGACUACGCCAUCAAAAUCAUGAACAUGAUUAAACUGUACGGCAAGCCCAUCCGGGUCAACAAGGCGUCGGCGCACAACAAGAACCUGGACGUGGGCGCCAACAUCUUCAUCGGCAACCUGGACUCGGAGAUCGACGAGAAGCUGCUGUACGACACGUUCAGCGCCUUCGGGGUCAUCCUGCAGACUCCCAAGAUCAUGCGCGACCCCGACACGGGCAACUCCAAGGGUUACGCCUUCAUCAACUUCGCCAGCUUCGACGCGUCGGACGCCGCCAUCGAGGCCAUGAACGGCCAGUACCUGUGCAACCGGCCCAUCACCGUGUCCUACGCCUUCAAGAAGGACUCCAAGGGGGAGCGGCACGGCUCGGCCGCCGAGCGGCUGCUGGCCGCCCAGAACCCGCUGUCGCAGGCCGACCGGCCUCACCAGCUGUUCGCCGACGCGCCGCCCCCGCAGGCCGUGCCGCCGCCCGUGCUGACGUCCAUGGGGCCGGGCAUGCCCAUGCCGGGCGGGAUGCCGCCCCCCGGCGUCUUCCCCCCGAUGCCCCCGCCGGGAUCCAUGCCGACCAUGCCGCCCGGCUUGGCCAUGCAUCACAACCACCAGGGCGGCGGGCACCCUCCCGGGCCGCCGCCCUUCCCGCCCGGCUCCAUGCAUGCGGGUUUGCCUCAGAUGCCGAUGCCCCCUCCGGCGCCUCCCGGCAUGGUGCCCCCGCCUCCUGCGCCCCCAGGCUCCACUCAAGCCCGUGCGCCGCUGCCUCCCGGCAUGCCCCCGCCGCCGCCCAUGGGAAUGCCCCCGCGAGCCCCCUACGGACCACCCAUGGGUCACCCCGUGCCGCCCGGUAUGAGAGGACCGCCGCCGCCCCCCAUGCCCCCACCGGGCUACGGCGCCGCCCCGCCGCGCCCCCCUCCCUUUGGCUUCCAGAGAGCGCCUCUCAUGCCACCCAGGCCGCCGGUCGCACCCCCUCGCGUUCCCUUGAGGGCACCCAUGCCGCCUUAAUCCAAGAUUCUUUUGUCAUUUUUUUAAAGGAAAAAAAAAAAGGCAAUCCAUGUUUAUAUGGCUUUGGGUUUUUUUUUGUUUUUUAGCUUUGUAUUUUACAGGGGUCAGUGUACAGAUGAAAGACUGCUGUUGAAUAAAAUCAUUACAAAUUGUG